AUGCCGCGAACGUUAGAAUCAGCAGCAGAAAUAAAUGCGUUGGAUCCUCAACACCGCGAAAUGAGGGAGGAGGAGGAGGAGGAGGUGGACCCAGGGGAAAAAGAGGGGGCUUCUACACACACACAUUCGAAACCGAGUAGGAUACACAUUUUGGGCACCGGAAAGGAAGGGAAGUUUGUAGCCCAUUCACUAGCCAGUCUCGGAGGCCGGCCGCCUAUUUCUCUACUGUUACAACGGCCAUCUCUCGUCAAUCAAUGGCAUGCAGAAGGGCAGAUUUUGGAGCUGCUCGAGGCCAAGAAAUCCAUGGUACAAAUCGGAUUUGAUAUCGAAAACCCGAAUCUGACCCAAGCGGAAUAUACUCAAGGCCGGAUGCUAAGUACCAAGAACGUGCUUUUUGGACAAGACGGCUGGAACAUCGACCAACUCAUAGUCACCACUGAAGCACCAGUUACAGUCCGUUCGCUUCUGCCUAUAAAGGACCGACUCCACUCAACCUCUACGAUAUUAUUCUUGCAAAAUGGUAUGGGUGUGAUUGACGAGGUCAAUGAAAACGUGUUUCCAAACCCAGCCACAAGGCCACGCUAUAUUGAGGGGAUGACCUCGCAUAGCCUCCGAAACCACCCAGCUAGGACGUUCACAACAUUGCAUUCUGGCCAGGGAGAAAUAUUUCUAGCUGCCCAGAAAGGUGAUGAGACGUCACCCGACCCGGUGGGCAUGAUUGAUUCCACAAGGAGCCUUCUACGGUCACUCGCUCGAUCUCCCGCGCUGAAUGCAAAGGGAGUAUCGCCUACUGAGUUAUUGGUACUAAAAUUGGAGCGGCUGGCUGUGGAAGCUGUGAUCGGGCCCUUAUCGGUCAUGUUCGAUUGCAAGAACGGCGACUUGCUAAGCAAUUACAUGGUCACCCUUCUCUUACGAGAGGUGCUAAAUGAGAUCUCAACGAUUGCCUCUGAAUUACCCGAACUGAAAGGCGAAACUGGACUAAGUUACCGAUUGCAUCCUAGGAAGAUCGAGAGAACCUUUGUCCAGGUUGCUACUAUGACCAGUUCCGAGAUCCAUGACAUGGUUCGGAGCGUUAGAUUGGGGAAGAAGAGUGAAGUAGGAUACUUCACAGGGUAUAUUCUCAAACGAGCGGCAGAGCUUGGAAUUGAUUGUCCUAACAACACGUUGAUGGAACGAAUGGUAAAGGCAAAGACGGCCAUGAGAAGUCAGGAGGCAAACAGUUACAUACCCUACAAAAAGGACAGAAGAUUCUGA